AUGAGUAUAGACGUCGAUUAUCAAUUUUUUAAAAAAAGUUUAAGAAAAGAGUUUAAGAAAACAACAAAGAUCAUUUUAAAGUUACAAGAAUACGAUGGUAACGUAUUGAGAGAUUUUCUGGCUCUCUAUAUACCAUACAACGCAGUUUUUUAUAACCUUGUUAUUAUGCAAAAGGGGUCAUCUUUGAGAAUUCAAACCAAUUAUCUGUUCAAACUAGAAUUGAGCAAGAUUUUAAACUUUAAUCUUGCAAUGGGCCCAAAACAUAUUAUCAAGAUACUGAAAAAAGAGAAGGUCGACCUGGAAACGAUAAACAGACUAAAAUUGGUGCUGUAUAUAAAAUUAUUCCAAGGAAUAUUUAGCCAUGUGGAUGAAAACUAUAACCUGGCAUUCCAAUCGUUUCGCUGGUGUUUACAAUUCAUUGCGUACUCAAAAAGAGCAAAAUUAUUUACAAGCAUUCAAGGUGAACAAAUUUGGAAAUUUUAUGAACUUUGUGAACUAUUUGUGUCCUUACUGUGUUGCCAUUGCUUCCUGAUUGAUUUGAAAGAGAACAAAGAAUUGGUAGGCGAUAAUCUAAAAAACUUUAUAAAACGACAAAACUCCGGCUGUUCCCACGACUUUGAUUUGAAUGAGGAAAAGAAAUCGCUCCAAUGGCAUCGGACAUUGGAUGAGAUAGAUGUUAUUGACGCAUUAUACUGCGCUAGUUUCGACUCAAUGGAUAAGUGUACUCUCGAGUUUUCAAAAGCUAAUGAGAACUUUGUGUUAAGUCAGUUUUUCCAGCAUUGUGCAGAAAUUGAGGAGAUGCUAGCCAUCUUGAAAAGUAAAAUUUGGGAGUGUGAGAGUGACGAAUUCGGUUUCAAGAUUGGGUUGUUGAUAAACAAUAACCAUAUGAAUGAAAUGAUUCAAAAAAACAUCUUGUCGAUAACUUUCAAACUUGAUAAGGAUCCUCAAAUUAUAUUUUGCUUAAAUAAAAUUUUACAGGGUUUAUUACUUUCAUCAGGGGUUCAAUUCAAAGUUAUCCAAUUCUUUUACGUAUUAAAACUAUACUAUAUGCAAGAUGAUGAAUCCUCAGAAGAAACCCCAUCCAGAAUGGAUAAGUUGACCAUUGAAUGCCUGACUAUUGUUGAGAACCUGAUUGAUGCCUGUGACAACCCUGAUGAAGUAUCGGAUUUUCAAUUACCCAAAGUACUUUUAACCUCUAUGCAAGGAAAAUUACUUGUUGCCGAAAAAACUUUUGAAGGUGAUGACGCUUCAGAAACUAUUGAUGGUUACCAUCCUCAUAUUUAUCAGUUUAAACAUCCUAAAAUAUUGAUAGAUAAAAUGAAAUCAAAAUUUAAGGAGAAAUUGCACCUAGAUUCAUUUCAAGAUCAAGAAACAGAUGACUACUGGAUUGAGUACUGGAAAUACUGCUAUCAGGAUAAUAUAGGAAAUAUACCUGAAACGUUGUCAUAUGCCUACGAAGCCUUCAUCGAAGCCGGCACUUGA